AUGGACAGUGAGUUUGACGAUUAUGAUGAAUCAUUAGUAGAAAUUAAAAUAAUCUUUAUUGGAAUUGAUAAAAACCCAUCACAAAAAUUAGUUGAUUUAUAUAUUCAAUCAAUUGUAAGCGCUCCUACUACAUCAGCUGCUGAUGGUGAUGAUAUUAAACCUUGUAUUACUGAUGUUAAAGGUGUUCAAACCAAAUUAACACUUACAUGUUCUGACGGAAAAGACAAAUAUCGUUCAUUGACAACAACAUAUUUUAAAAACGCAAGUAAAGUGUUUUUAACAUAUAGCUUAACAAAUGGUGAUUCUGUUAGAACAUUACAAAGUUGGUUAAAAGAAAUUCAAAGAUAUUGUGAUCCUGAUGUAGAUGUAGGAAUUUUAGGAUUUGGUAUUGAAAGUGAAGAGAACAAAGAAAUUUUCAAUUCAGGUAAAUCUUUUGCAGAUGAAAAUCGAUUUGACCAUUAUUUAGUUAAUUUAAAUGAUAAAGAUAAUGCAAUUCAAUUUUUAAAAGCAAUGAUAGAAAAACAUGUACCAAUAGAACAAAAAACUGAACAAACACCAUUUCCAGAGAAAAAGUCUGGGUGUUGUGUUCUAUUAUGA